CUUUUGCCCAGCAAUUAUAGCUUCCUUUCUUCUCCAACUUUCUCUUUGGUCUAUCAUCUGAUAGACUAAUAUACCAAAGGUUAACCUUUGCUAAUUCUGCUUGACGCCUAUAUAUUCACUGCAUUCUCACAUUUUCGAGGCAAACAAUCACUAUUCCAGGAAAUUUUGUUUCUUUUAACUAGACCUUAAACCUCUGAUUUUUAUUUUUUUGUUCAUUUUUUCUGAAUACUCUCCUCAAAAUUCUAGUUCUUUCACUCUUUGAUUUGUAGACACCAUGAUCUCUUCACUAAAUCAUACGCCCUCUGCUUUCACUUCUUCUGAUUUUCUACCCAGAAAGCGUUCAGCUCUCAGACCUCAAUCCUCUCCUCUCCCCAUUAUUCAGAAUUCUCAAAAAGGCUUUAGCUUUGACACUUCACUGAUUUCAGAGAAGCCACUUCAUAUUUCUACAGUUGAGAACUUCACAUUUGCCGCGAAAUCCGGACAGAAGAACCCACUGACAGUUUGCAGUGCCUAUGAGGCUGACCGGUCACGGCCAUUAGACAUUAACAUAGAACUGCCGGACGAGCAGGCAGCACAGAGGAUUAAAAUCGGGAUAUAUUUUGCCACGUGGUGGGCUUUGAACGUGGUGUUCAAUAUUUAUAACAAGAAGGUCUUGAAUGCUUUCCCUUAUCCUUGGCUCACUUCUACACUCUCGCUUGCUUGCGGCUCUCUGAUGAUGCUUAUUUCCUGGGCCACGAGGAUUGCUGAUGCUCCUAAAACUGAUUUUGAAUUUUGGAAAGCUCUGUUUCCUGUUGCGGUGGCGCAUACUAUUGGGCAUGUGGCUGCAACUGUGAGUAUGUCUAAAGUUGCAGUCUCAUUCACUCACAUCAUUAAGAGCGGUGAGCCUGCUUUCAGUGUGUUGGUAUCAAGGCUUCUAUUGGGCGAGGCAUUCCCUGUGCCAGUUUAUCUAUCACUUGUACCAAUUAUUGGAGGUUGCGCUCUAUCAGCUCUCACUGAGCUAAAUUUCAAUAUGACUGGGUUUAUGGGGGCUAUGAUAUCCAAUUUGGCAUUUGUGUUCCGCAACAUAUUCUCGAAGAAGGGGAUGAAGGGGAAGUCUGUUAGUGGGAUGAAUUACUAUGCUUGUUUGUCUAUGUUGUCUCUGUUGAUCCUUACACCUUUUUCAAUUGCUAUGGAGGGCCCUCAGAUAUGGGCUGCUGGCUGGCAAAAAGCUCUUGCUCAAAUUGGACCCAAUUUUGUUUGGUGGGUGGCAGCGCAGAGUAUAUUUUAUCACCUAUAUAAUCAAGUUUCAUACAUGUCCCUUGAUCAAAUCUCUCCAUUGACAUUUAGUGUCGGAAACACAAUGAAGCGGAUAUCCGUCAUCGUCUCAUCUAUCAUCAUCUUCCAAACCCCUGUCCGACCUGUAAAUGCCCUUGGAGCUGCCAUCGCAAUCCUUGGAACUUUCCUGUAUUCACAGGCAAAGCGGUAGAGGAGUCUGAGAAUUCCAAGGUUUUGAUAUCAGACGAUAGAAGAAUAUAAUGAAGAUUAAUAUAUUCCAGUUUGGCCGGAAUGAUUGGUAAUGGCUGCUUUGAAUUAACAAUCACUGGUGAUGGCCUUUGGACGAACACAGGGAAACAGUUUUUUGGUCCGACAGUUGACAGAAGUUUCUCUCUCAUGGUCAGAAUAAUGAUCUUCAGUAUAAUCUUAUAUUUGUUGGUGAUUAAGUACGUUGCAAUUCCCAAAAAAAAAAAAAAAAAAAAAA